AUGCUCCCCAGACGCCCUCCGGAAGAGGCCGAGACUCUCGGGGGUCUUUUUGCGCCUCCCCGUCCCUCGGAAAAGACCUCGGGGGUCUCGUUAAAAAGCCCCCUUCCGGGGUGCCAACUUGAACAUUAUAUCGAUCAUGACGCAUAAUCGAUCAUAACGCGGCAUCCACUCCAUUGGAAUGGCAAUGCCCAUCAACUUUGGGGGAGCUCGGCCCCCCAAAUAUUUUCUGGCGGGUCCGAAGACCCCCCCCCCGGCCCCCUGUCCAGAUAGACUGCGCUUGGCCAGGAGGCUCAGUCCGCUCCGGCGCCGCGCCUGGCCCCGAUCCCUGAAUCGCGCGCGUCUUGGGGGGCACAGCCGCGGGUCCUGCCCCCCCCCGGCUCGGGCCGCGCAGGGCGCCGACGCCAGGCCGGCCAUCUUGGAGCCGGGCCGGAAGAGGCGGCUGCGCUCCGGGCGCGGCGGAGGAAGGAGGCUGAGCGCGGGGAAACCGGGAAGCCCCCCCAACCCCGGACGCCCCCUCGGAGCCCCCGCCCCGCCGCGCGCACCCGGCUCCCCCGCUGGCUCCGGGCGCGCAGGAGAAGAGCCGGGAAGGAGGGAGGGAGGGAGGGCAGGAGGGAGGCCAGCCAGCCGGCCGACGGGGGGGGGCGGGCAGGCGGGGGCGCUUCUCCGGCCCGCCGACGCCCCUCCCCGGCCCGCCCCUCGCCUCCGCCCGCAGCCGAGCAGGAAGGAAGCGCAGCGCGGAGCGGCGAGCAAGGGAGCCGCCGAGUGAGGCUCUUCCCGGGCGUCGGGGCUGCUGUCGGGCGAGCGAGCGAGGCAUGGGGGGUCGGCGGGGGCGCGGGCGCUGCUGGCCGGGGCGCUGCUGGCCGGGGCGCUGGCCGGGCCGUGGGCCACCGGGGCCGGCGGCUCCCAGGACGCGGCGGCGCUGGCGGAGCUUCUCCCCGAGACCGGCGUCCGCUUCGGCUGGAGGAACCUCAGCUGCCCCGCCUGCAAGGCGCUCUUCCUGGCCCUCGACGUGGGCGUGCAGGUGGGUCUCCGGGGCGCGCGGGAUGGGGGGCAGCGGGGCUCGGACGGGGCGGGCCGCUCGGGCGCCGUCCUGCACUCUCCCCGCCCCCCAAAAGGAGAAGCGCUCCCCCCGGACGCCCCUUCUGACCGCAACCUGCGGCUUCUGCUUCCCAGCACGAAUCAGCUGACAGGAUGCCAGGAAAGCGACCCGAGCGGCGCCGCGGUCCCGACAUGGCCGCUUUUAAGGCGCCGAGGGAGGCAGUCGGCAUUGCGCGGGGUUGGGCUGGAUGGCCUCGCGGGGUCCCGUCCAGCGCUACAAGCCUGGGAUUCCACACGGCACCGAAGGGACCGUAGAAACCAGGGUGAACAGACGUGGCCGAUUCCCCUCCCUUCCUGAAAGCCUUUCUGGGGCCACAGCAGAAAAGGCCCUGUUGACCUGAAGAGGCCCAGAGCGCAGCCCCCCCCUGCUCCCCAUUACUUGAACCCUAGUUGUGCGUCAGCUGCCCCACUUCCCUGUCUGAGGCUGUUGCCCUACAAGCAGGGGAAGCUGGGGCAGAGGGUGGCUCCCGAGGGAAACCCCAAAUGAAGGGGGCAGCUCCAGAAGCUGCCACUCCCCGGAGCCUUAUUAUCUAGCCAGGGCUGCCUUCCCUGGCCGGCAGCUGCUCCCCCCCCCACACACAGGCAGGAGAUGUUUUGCACCCGAGUCUGAAGAGGCUGCUGGCCCAGGACAACCUUUGGACCUUCCCUUUGCAAAACAGUUCUCUGCCCCGUGACCAGGGGGUCGGGGUGGGGCAAGGCUGCCCUAGGGCUCCACAGAUCCCUGCAAGAAGCCGGAAUCCACCCUGUGCAUCCUGCCCUUCCUUGCUCUUCUUCUUCCCGAAGAAUUUCCUUCUGUCCCUUCUGGGACACCCCCCCCCCCAAGAGAAGGGAGUCCUGUGGGGAAUCUUCCCAAUUAUUCCUGAAAUGACCUGGCAGGAGGUCUCAUGUCUACAGACACCUUUCAUUUCCUUUACUCUGAAUUUGAGCUUUUCUUAGUAUCCUAGAUUUGUAAAGUUGGAAGGGACCCUCAAAGGUCCUCUAGCCUAACCCCCUGCAAUGCAGGUAUCAAAAGCGAAGGAAUCCCUCUGUCUUGUGGAGCUCGGGGGGCAGAGGAGGGAGCCCUAAAGGGGUCAGGGACAGGCUGCCAGCACCCGCCCCUCCAAGCGAGAUUUUAAACCAUCAUCAAAUUGUCGCCGGAAGGGACCCUUGGGUCAUCUAGCCCAACCCCCUGCAGUGCAGCUAAAUCCGUUCAUUGGGAAUUGGACAAGUUCUGAACUCCAGGCUGCGGCAUCGCAGCUGCCCCUGCUUCUGCCUGAGACUGGCUUGGGGGGCAGCAGCUGGCAGCUGAGCCCAGCGCAGUCUAGGCUGCUCCCGCCACCCAGACCCCACAGAUGCAACGGGAUCCCUGGCAAAGAGGGAAGUUGCUCUCAGCCACAACACCCCCCCCCCAGGUGAGUCAGCUGACUGCCUUGUCAGCUGCUUUGGGGAGGAAGUGUGGUGUAGUGGUUGGAGUGCUGGGCUUGGAAGCCAGGGCUCCAAUCCCCCUUCAGGGAGUGACUUUGGACCAGUCACCAUCUCUUGGCCCAACCUUGCAGGGGUAUUGUGAGGUUAGGAUGGAGAGGGGAAGAAUUAUGGGUGCCAACUUACAGAAUCAAAGAAUUGACACCCCCCCAUAAAGUAUGAGAAUUGCCCAGUCCCUUAGACCAGCCUCUGCCCACCUGGUGCCCCCCAUUCCAGAAGCUGUGGGUGGCGCCUCCCAGCAGCCCCAGCCCACCUGGCAGAGGGCACCAGGUGGGCAGAAGCUGGCAAAGCAAUGUCAGAGGUCCAUAGCAGGUGGAGUGCGAAGGCGCCAGCCCCACUAGCCCGUCCCCACCUCUUCCUUCCAGAUAUGCAGCUCUUCUGGCAGCCGAGCGACUUGGGCAGAGGCCCAGCUACCUUGGCUCUGGGCGGCAGCUUCUGGCUCCCGGGGUCAUUAGACUUUUCCAUGAAGCCGUUCCUCCCCUGUGUGGCCCUGGCUGCCUGGUUUCCCUGCUGCUCUGGGUGCCCGGCUGUCUCCGUCUGCCCCACCUGCCCCCCAGGGCCUGGCCCCAGUGGGGCAAUGCGGUUUGCCAGCUGCUCCCCCCAACCCAGCCCAUCCUUCCGCCAAGCCAGAGGGGAAGCAGGUUGGGCAAGGCCGGGGGGGGGGGGGGAGUCCUUUCUGGGCCUGGGCUGCAAAACAGCCUGGAGGAGGGGACAGGGUGACUCGUUCCUUCACCAGAGUAAACAUGGACCUUCUCUUCAGAGCUCUGGAGGGUCUCCAAAUAUCUCUAGGGCUGUCACGGGGAAGGGGGAGCCAGCCAGUUUUCUGCUGCUCCUGAGGGCAGGACUCCGUCCAGGAAACUCACAUGACAAGGAAUUCUGACUAAGCGUCAGGAAAAAUUUCCUGAGGGUCAGAGUAAAGGGGGGGCUCAUCUUCUUUGGAGGUUUCUAAGCAGAGCUGGGGGGGGCUGUCUGUCCAAGAUGCUUUAUCUGAGAUCCCCGCGUUGUGGGGGUUGGACUAGAGGACCUUUGGGGUUCCCUCUCGAUUCCACAAUUCUGUGACUUCCUCUUUCGGAAUGAGGUGUUUUCAGAGCCUCUGACAAAGGACCUCCUUCCUUCCUUCCUUCCUUCUUUUCUUUUCUUUUCUUUUCUUUUCUCCCCCCCCCCCCCUUUUCUCUCUCUCUCUCUCUCUCUUUCUUUCUUUCCUUCUUCAGCCAAGAGGUAAGAGCCUCUUGACUCUCCCCUUUCUGUGCAGCUCCUCCUUUUCUGGUGCAGGAGAAGCUUCUGCCCCCCCCUGCCCCUCCCCCUGCUGGAGUUGUCGGGGGCUCAGUUUGGCCCAUUUUGCUAUCCUUGCUGCUGGGCACUUCUCUGCCUCCCCCCCCACAAGAGAGGGAGGGUGCCAGGGCCCCUUCCGGAGCGGGGCCUCUCUUUGCCUCUUAAUCCCAGCCUUCCUCUGGUCACGGGAUACUGCCUGGCACAGAGAUCCCUGGCCAGGGUGAUUUGCUCCCUUGGCAAGGGCGGGUGUUGAGCAGUGCCCUCAAAGGGAUGAUGGGGGUGCCGUGGGGCACAGGAGACCCCUGCCUGCCUGAAACAGGAAACACGGGUUGGGGAGCUUUUCCGCCACCCCUCAAUUAUCCGAUUAUGCAUUUCAUUUCCUGCAUCCUGCAAUUAUCUGCAGAGGUGGCAUUUGCAUGCGUGUGGCAACCGCUUCCCCUUCGGAGGCUGCCCUGUUUCUCCCGCCCCUCCCUGCCAAGCCGUGACCCUGACCUUGGCUCCUGGCCCUGAGAUGAUGAUGGUGAUAAUGAUGAUGAUGAUUACUGUAUUUUUCGCUCUAUAAGACGCACCAGACCACAAGAUGCACCUUAUUUUUGAGGAGGAAAACAAGGGGAAAAAAUAUUCUGAAUCUCAGAAGUCAGAACAACAAGAGGGAUCGCUGUGCAGCGAAAGCAGCAAUCCCUCUUCCUGUUCUGGCUUCUGGGAUAGCUGUGCAGCCUGCAUUCGCUCCAUAAGAUGCACACACAUUUCCCCUUACUUUUUUGGAGGGAAAAAGUGAGUCUUAUAGAGCAAAAAAUAUGGUAUAUUUAUUUAUCCCCUGCCCAUCUGGUUGGGUUUCCCCAGCCACUCUUGUCUUUUAAUUCCCAACAGAAUUAAAAGCACCAUAAAACGAGGAGGCAGGGGCUGGACAGGGAGGCCCACUGGCCUUCAGCUCCUUCCUCACUUGCUGGGCAGCUGCAGCACCUCCACGAUGAAGCUGGAUCGGUGCCUCAGCUGUGAUCCUGAUGGGCCUUCAGGGGAGUCAGCUCUCUGCUGCCUGGCAGAGUGUAAGAACAGAAAGUCCUAGAGUGGGACCAGGGACUCCCAGGGGUCAUCCAGUCCAAUCCCCCGCAAGGCAGGAAUCGCCACUCAAGGAUCCUGGGCAGGUGGCCAUGCAAGCUCUGCUUAGAAACCUCCCAGGAAGGAGCGCCCACCCCCUUAAAGCCCCUCUUAGUGCCACAAAGCUCUUCCAAAUAUUGAGUCCUGAUCUUUUAAUCCGGCGCUUUGGGAUCUCUUGCUCUCUGGAGAAGCAGAAAAGAACUCCGGAAGGUGGACUUGGAGGAGAUCCUCCGUUUUGUUUUUUAAUAAUACAGUGGACGCUUGGGUUGCGAACGUGAUCCGUGCAGGAUGCACGUUCGCAACCCGCAGUGUUUGCAACCCACGUCUGCACCUGCGCGGGUUGCGAUUUGGCGCUUCAGCACAUGCAUGACUGCCGAAACCUGGAAGUAACCCAUUCCGGUACCUGCGGGUUCCGGCUGUCCGUAACCUGAAAAAACGCAACCUGAAGCGUCUGUAACCCGAGGUAUGACUGUAAUAAUAUUGAUUAAGUUUUCCAUUUUCGGGGAGUGAUGAUCUCCCAGUGAUCUCACAUUUGUGCUGCUUCCCUUAAUUAGUCCAGGUAGUUCCAAUAAGACAUUCCAUUGCAGAUCCUUCGUUUAUUUUUAACAGCCUCUGAGUCUGUUUCUGUGUGGAUGUAUAUUUUCUGCGUUUCUCUUUGUUCUUCGACAGUCUGUCUGUGGCAAUUCACUUUCACUUUCUCACGCCUGUCGCUUUCCACUGUGACACACCCCAAGCGGGAGGAAAUCUGGCUCUCCACCAUUUGUACCAGGCAUAUAUCCAAACGUCUGUGUGGUGUAGUGGUUGAGAGUGGUAGUCUUGUAAUCUGGGGAACCGGGUUCGCGUCCCCGCUCCUCCACUUGCAGCUGCUGGGUGACCUUGGGCCAGUCACACUUCUCUGCAGUCUCUCAGCCCCACUCACCUCACAGAGUGUUUGUUGUGGGGGAGGAAGGGAAAGGAGAAUGUUAGCCGCUUUGAGACUCCUUAAAGGGAGUGAAAGGCGGGAUAUCAAAUCCAAACUCUUCUUCUUCUUCUUCUUAUCUCCUUCCAAGACAAAUAAGCCUGUGCUGUAGCUAGAAACCAUAAUUUCCAUCAUCUAUUCUUAUCAAUCCGUUGAAUGUGAUUACAAAAUUCAUAAAUUCCGCACAGUUAAUUCUGUAGUUAAACCAUAAUCAUAACAAUAAUGAAAUACUCUUUCUUUCCAGUCCCACUUGCAUAUGUAAAUCCAAAAAUGAGACCUUUAUCUGGUUGUAAAUAUGAAGAUUAUACCAGCAAGAAUGAGUCUUUCUGUAAAAAAAGGAUUGACUGUAUUGUAUAAGACUGGGGUUCCUUACUUUAAAAUGAUGUGAAAAACUGUGGGUUAUUUAUACACGGGGCAGCCUCCCCCCUAUUUUCUUAAAUUGGAGUCCCUAAAAAUUGGGGGCGUCUAAUACCUGGGGGCGUCUUAUACACAGAAAUAUAUGGUAAAUCAAGUCUUACUGACUAGUGAUUUACCGUAUUUUUCACCCCAUAGGACGCACUUUUUCCCCUCCAAAAAUGAAGGGGAAAUGUGUGUGCGUCCUAUGGGGCGAUGGCAGGCUUGCGCUGACGCGUGCAGAGCGCGCGGGGUCGGGGCGCACCGACCCCUCACUCUCCAGGCUUCGCGCAGAUCUCCGCAAGCCGCGGGAGCCCUGCGCGGGCUCCCACGGCUUGCGGAGAGUUGCCUGCAUGCCAAAGGCUGGGCACGCUGAGCUCAGUGCACCCAGACUUCGCACAGCUCUCUGCAAGGCGCGGGAGCCCGGCGCCAGGCUCCCACGGCUUGCGGAGAGUUGCCUGUUCUGGGGGCUGGGGUCGGGGGAAGCUUGGGCUUCCCCCGACCCCAGCCCCAUGCCUGGGGGGGAAAUAAAAUGUUUUUCCUUUAUUUCCCCCCCAAAAAACUAGGUGCGCCUUAUGGGACGGUGCGUCCUAUAGGGCGAAAAAUACGGUAAAUUGAUUUGAUUUAAAUCAAAUCCCCUGCCCCUAGUCAGAGUGGGGAUUCGAACCCCGCUCUCUCCCAGUUCCUUGAAGUCUGACUGGGUUCCUAGCUCUGCUCCCACAGAACCAGGGACUGGGAAGGGCCCCCUGGGCAUCAUCCAGCCCACCCCCCCUUCCCUUGGUGUGACCCUCUCUCUCUCCUCCCCUCUCUUGCAGCUACAGUCAAGCCAGGACUGGAUCCAGCGCACGGGGGUGGCAGUCUGCCUGCGCCUCCGCGCGGGCACCCCCCAGGUGUGCCAGGACGUCAUCCGCCUCUUUGUGCCCGACUUCCUGACGGCCUGGCGGCGCUCGGUGCUGCGCCCGGACGAGAUCUGCGGGCUGCUGGUGGGCUCCCGCUGCGGCCACUGGGACAUCUACUCCGACUGGAACGUUACCCUGCCGCGGGCGCCCAAGCCGCCCGGUCGUGCCCCCCGCGCCCCCUCCGCCGGGCGCCCCCUCCACCCGCAUCCUCUUCCUCACCGAUCUGCACUGGGACAAGGCCUACGCCCCCGGCAGCAACCCCGACUGCAAGGACGCCCUGUGCUGCCGGGGGGGCUCCCCGUCUCGCGGGCCGGGGGCCGGCUUCUGGGGCACCUACGGGCGCUGCGACCUGCCCCUGCACACCCUGGAGAGCCUCCUGCAGCACCUGGCAGGAUCCGGCCCCUUUGACCUGGCCUACUGGACGGGCGACAUCCCCGCCCACAACAUCUGGGAGCAGAGCCGGGCUGACCAGCUGGGGGCGCUGGGCACCAUCACGGCCCUCAUCCAGAAGCACCUGGGGCCGCUGCCCGUCUACCCGGCCGUGGGCAACCACGAGGCCGUGCCCGUCAACGCCUUCCCCCCGCCCUUCGUGGUGGGCAACCAGUCCUCCGCCUGGCUCUACGAGGCCAUGGCCGAAGCCUGGCGCCCCUGGCUGCCCCCCCAUGCCCUGGGGACCCUCAGGUAGGCGGGGGGUCCUGCUCUGGAGGGGGGCAUUGCACAUUUCAUAGGGAUCCCAGCCAGAGAGUACUUGGGGGUCCCACACUUCUACGUAUCAGGCUCAGUGAGAGUGGAAUUAUUAUUAUUACCGUAUUUUUCGCUCCAUAAGACGCACCUUUUUCUUCCUAAAAACUAAGGAGAAAUGUCUGUGCGUCUUAUGGAGCAAAUGCGUGCUCCCUGGAGCCGAAUUGCCCAAGGGUGAAAAGCAGAUCAUGCUUUUUCUUUUUCUUUUUAAAAAGGGAAGUGGGUGUUGAAACAAAGCCGCUGAUCGUUUGCUGAUGGGGAGAGAGAUAAGGGACGCUAGAGAUAAAGGAGGCUGCCUGGGAGGGGGGAGGUAAAGACAGCAAACUUGCAAAAGGGGGAAACAGGAAGACUAAAGCAACAAGGAGAGAAAUUAGAAGAAAAGGAGGAGCAAAAAACUGCUCCAGCUGAGGAAAAGACACUAAGGCAAACGAGUGAAGGGAGUGUUGAAAGGAAACAGCUGAUGGGUGGGAUCGGAAGAGAGAUAAGGGAGAGAUAAAGGAGGCUGCCUGGGAGGGGGGAGGUAAAAGCCCAUGGAUCCUCAGGAUUUUUACCAUCAGAUCACAUGUCUGUGGCCACAGCAUGAACCACAAAAAUCAUACAUCCACUGUUUCGUUCAGAAUAUAUUUUUUCUUGUUUUCCUCCUCUAAAAAACUAGGUGCAUCUUAUGGUCAGGUGCGUCUUAUGGAGCGAAAAAUACGGAAUAAUAAUAAUAAUUUUUUUUUCUCCAAUUUAUACACCACCCUAUACCCAGAGGUCUCAGGGUGGUUCGCAACAAGACCACAACAUAUGAAAUCCAACCAAAAGCAGUAACCCAAUACCCCCCCCCCCAAAUGCCAGAUUCUAAAAGAACGUUGAAUGUCAAUAAGAUCAACCAAAGACUUGGUUAAAAAGGAAUGUUUUUGCCUGGCGCCUAAAGGUGUGUAAUGAAGGUGACCUUCCCUGGGGAGACCAUCCCGUAGACAGGGAGCUACUGCAGAGAAGGCCCCGUUCUCAUGUUGCCACCCUCUGGACCUCUCAAGGAGGCGGCACACGAAGGAGGGCCUCAGAGGGUGAUCUCAGGGUCCGGGUGGGUUCAUAUGGAAAGAGGCGGUUUUGAGGUCUUGCAGUCCUGAGCCUUUUAAGGCUUUAUAGGUCAAAACCAGCACUUUUAAUUGGUCCCAGAAACUAAUGGGUAGCCAGUGCAGUCGGACCCGGAUUGGUGUGAGAUGUUCAAACCGCCUUGCUCCGGUGAGCAGCCUGGCCACUGAAUUUUGCACCAGCUGAAGUUUCUGAUCCAUCUUCAGAGGCAGCCCUACGUAGAACGCAUUGCAGUAAUCUAACCUUGAGGUUAGGGACGCGGGUGGUGCUGUGGGUUAACCACAGAGCCUAGGGCUUGCCAAUCAGAAGGUCGGCGGUUCGAAUCCCCGCCACAGGGUGAGCUCCCGUUGCUCAGUCCCUGCUCCUGUCAACCUAGCAGUUCCAAAGCAUGCCAAAGUGCAAGUAGAUAAAUAGGUACCAGUUCGGUGGAAAAGUAAACGGCGUUUCCGUGCGCUGCUCUGGUUCGCCAGAAGCGGCUUAGUCCUGCUGGCCCCAUGACCCGGAAGCUGUACGCCGGCUCCCUCGGCCAAUAAAGCGAGAUGAACGCCGCAACCCCAGAGUCGGGCACGACUGGACCUAAUGGUCAGGGGUUCCUUUACCUUUACCUUGAGGUUACCAGAGCAUAGACCGCAGUAGUUAGGCUCUCCCUGUCCAGAUACGGGCGUAGCUCGGCCAUCAGCCUAAGGUGAUAGAAGACACUCCAGGCCACUGAGGCCACCUGAGCCUCCAGCGACAGCGAAGGAUCCAGGAGGACCCCAAAGCUACGAACCUGCUCCUUUGGGGCAGCGUAACCCCAUCCAGAGCAGGCAGACUCCCACCCAUCUGGUCUAGGGAACCCCCCACUAACAGGGCCUCCAUCUCACCUGGAUUGAGGGAGGGCAGGGACUGGGGCUUCUUUUCCUUCCUGCGCCCUGACGCCUCUCCCCCCCUUUCUUCCCUGCCGCAGGUUGGGGGGCUUCUACACCCUCCUGCUGCAGCCCGGCCUGCGCCUCGUCUCCCUCAACAUGAACUUCUGCUCGGACGCCAACUUCUGGCUCCUCAUCAACUCCACGGACCCGGCCGGGCAGCUGCAGUGGCUGGUGGGGGUCUUGCAGGGGGCGGAGGAGCAAGGCGAGAAGGUGAGGGGGCUUCACUGGGGUGGGGGACGGGCGCGGCCAGCGGACGGGGGGAAGACUCCUUCCUUCCUGCCCGGUCCAGCUGUGUGCCAGUCCAGUCCCCCGAAAUGGUUCUCAGCCCCACUUCUUCUUCUUGCCCCCCACCCAGGUCCACAUCAUCGGCCACAUCCCCCCGGCGCACUGCAUGCGCUCCUGGGGGUGGAACUAUUACCGCAUCAUCAGCAGGUGAGAUGCUUGCAUGCCCCCCCGCGCCACCUGGGACCUUGCCCUCCCUCCAUGCCGCUCUGCCAGUCGGAAGGGACCCCAAGGGCCAUCUAGUCCAGUUGGGGGGCGCCUCCUCCCCUGGCCCCCUUAAUCCUGCUCUUUCCUGCCUCUUGCCCCCCAUGGCUGGGCCAGAAAGGGGGCCACUGCCCAUUCUCCCCAUGGCGUCCCCCUGCCCUGCCUCAGUUUCCCAGGCUGUGGCCGUGGGUUCUGGGAAGAGGAGAUCCCAGCUAGCCCCACAUUUACCCCUGUCCUCUCCCCCAGGUUUGAGGGCACGGUGGCCGGGCAGUUCUUUGGCCACACGCACUUGGACGAAUUUGAGCUGUUCUACGACGAGGAGACCCUCUCGCGCCCGGUGGGCAUCGCCUUCGUGGCCCCCAGCGUCACCACCUACGUCAACCUCAACCCAGGUGAGUUGGGGGGAGGGAAUCCUGCCCCCAGGGCUGGCCAAGGAUGAAAUGGGGAUCCCCAUCAGCAUCAGUGCCCAAUCCUCUCCAAAAGCAGUCCGAGUUGUGGCAAUCGCUUACUCUUGUGGCAGGGAGUUCCACAGCUCACCUAAGAAGGACUCAUAAAACUGUCCUGUCCUUCCUAGUGGGGUAGGAGAGCUAGGGUGGGGGGGUCACAUCUGACCCCCCUUUGGAUUUCAGAUAGUAGAUGACUCUGGAAAAACCCAGGAAACACCUUUUCAAGGCCCUCUGGCAGUUCUAGUAGCUCAUUGACCAGGAGGAAAGCACUGUAUUUUUUGCUCUAUAAGACUCACCUUUUCCCUCCUAGAAAGUAAGGGGAAAUGUGUGUGCGUCUUAUGGAGCGAAUGCAGGCUGCGCAGCUAUCCCAGAAGCCAGAAAAUUGUUUUUCUUGUUUUCCUCCUCCAAAAACUAGGUGCGUCUUUUGUUCUGGUGUGUCUUACAGAGUGAAAAAUACGGUAUUUAGCAUUAACUCUGGAAUUGUGGACUCGAUUCUAACCAAACUAAGUCUCCUAAAGCAAAAUCUACUUCAAUCGCACCCCAUACUCCCAAAAAAUGACCAUAAAACCCUCAAACUCCCUGCCUUUAAUCAUUGAUAUGAGGCAUCCUUAAAGAGUAACUGUAAUUUUAGUACAUCAGUACAAAAAACAAAUGUCAAAUACAAUAAUAUUCAACUGAAUUUGGCCAGAAUCGAGUACACCCUUCCAGAGUGAAUGCUAAAUGCAAGACUAGUCUCUCCUUUUAGGCUGUCUGAAAUUGGUUGGCAGAAACACAUUGGGAUUAUUUCCAGAACUCCUGGCCCACCGUCCGAGAGAUGCAUGUUGGGAGUUGCAGUUCGAGGCCUGGGGGCCCCCUUUGCUUUUCUAGGGGGGUGCAGAAUGCUGCUGCCACAGCCCCUUUCAUUUAAACAGGAAAAACCAACUUUCUUACGUUUUCAAAAUUUACAACAAAAGAAUACUAAAAAAAUUCCUAAAUUACAUAGUCUAAGAUAAAAUAAGUCUUACAAAUUACAUGAUAGCAAUAGCUACAGGUAGGCAGCCAUGCUGGUCUGCUGUAGUCAAAACAAAAUAAAAAAAAUUCCUUCCAGUAGCACUUUAGAGUGUAUCUGAAGACGUAUGCAUGCGCAUGAAAGCUCAUACCGAUAACAAACUUGGUUGGUCUCUAAGGUGCUAUUGGGAGGAAUUUUUUUAUAACAGAAAUAUUUAAAGAUCAGGAUAAAUAGAAUAACAGAGAGAGAGAGAGAAGAAAAGAAAAGAAAGAAAAAGAUGAAAAAACCAAAACAAAAUGACAAAACUAAAAACUGCAACAAAAGGCAACAAAAAAAUAAAAAUAAAAAUACUUUUCAAUAACAAACAUUAUUCAGGAAGUUCAAACCAAUACUUAUAUAUUUUGUACACGAAGUCCUCCAUACUUGUUUGAGUCCCUUAUAAAUUUAUUGACUUCCCUCUAUCACUUUGCGGCUUCGACUCUAUUAUUAUAAUUCAAUAAUCUGCGUUUGAUUGUCCAAACAGUAGGAAGAAAGAUUUUCCUGUUUUGUGAAAUUAAACACAACCCAAUGAUGUUGUUGUUGUUGUUGUAACCCUUUCCCUGCCAGGCUACCGCGUCUACCAGGUGGACGGCCCGCGUCCCGGCAGCUCCUUCCAGGUCCUGGACCACGAGACCUUCAUCCUCAACCUGACGCUGGCCAACGUGCCGGGUGCGAAACCCCAGUGGCAGCGCCUCUACGGGGCCCGCCAGGCCUACGGCUUGGCCAGCGCCUUCCCGGCCGACUGGGACGCCCUGGUGCGGCGCAUGCAGACGGACGAGGGUCUCUUCCAGCGCUUCUGGCUCCUGAUGCACAAAGGGCACCAGCCCCACAAGCCCUGCCAGGACCUCUGCAGAACCGCCCUGCUCUGCGCCCUGCGGACCGGCAAGGCCGACGACCCCAGGCUCUGCCCAGAGCACGCCCAAAAGGUGCCCUUCGCCCAGAUCCAGGCCUGGUGGAGGCAGCGCCAGCUCUGCUAG